GUCAUAUCUAUUUCAUCAGCUUCUAUAUAAAAACAUUUUAAAAAAUAGUAUCGAAACGAAACGAAAUGGAUAAAAAGGUGUUCAAUUGCUGCGCAAGCAUUAUAUGGACAUCAGUAAAGCAUGCAUAGAAUCCUGCUUCUUUAGUGUUGCAGUAUUUGUCUGUCAGAAAUUUUAACACCAAUAAAUGAUCAGAUAUUCGCGCAGCUUUGGUAAAACCCAUUUGAGAAUGACGUUCAGAUCAUGAUGUGAUCAUGAAGAAAUUUGUCUAAUCUACAAUUCAAAAUACUGUGGAAUAGUUUACCAAGAGCACUAGUAAUUGUGAUUCCUCUAUAAUUUGAAGGGUUGUUUGGAUCAUCAGACUUAAAGAUUGGAGCUAUGUAUCCAUUGGCCCAUGUUCGAGGAUAAGUGAAACGCAUAAAAGUUAUGCCACAGUAUGUCGGUGUUUCAGUUCAGUUACAUGUAUCUGUUGGUUUUCUUUCCCUAUGAAUAAAAUUCUCCUUGUGAUCUGUUAUAUUCUGAACUAGAAAUAUUACUGGAGAUGGGAAAGGUAAUCCUGUCAUUACGCUCAAAUCCCCCCCCCCCCCCCCCCCUUCCUGCGUGAAGGUGCUACAAAGUCGGGAUAGGCGUUCAAUAUACAUCCGGGUCAUUUCAAUAUGUCUGCGCUCAUUACAUGAGAAUUGAAAAAAUGUCACAUUUAAAAAAAUUGGUUUCUAGAAAGAUAACAAAUUCCAUAUUAAGAAAAUGUAAGACUGACAUUUCGCAGAGAGAACUAGAGAAUGAAAUUUAUUUUCUUGUGAAGCAUAGUAGCUACCGACAUAGGACUGAUAAGUUUCCAUCGUUAAGUGUGAAUAGGAAAUAUCUACAAAAGCUAACUAAAACAUCAGAAAAAGACUUAGAAAAUGCAAUACUAGAGAGAAGUCAUGAUUUUGAAAACAUAGCAUUCAGUCGGAAAGGAAAUGACAUAAACUUCAUGGUGAAUCCUCGUGAGUUUAUGCAGGAAGUGCUCAGAGAAGUGUGCAGAAGGAAAGAUCAUUACGGCAAAACAGAAAAUCUCGGAAGCAAAAAGUUGAAUAUCCUCGUAGAUUUCAGUUCUCCCAACAUUGCCAAAGAAUUUCAUGAGGGUCACUUGCGUUCCACGGUUAUAGGAAAUUCUCUGUGUAAUCUGUAUGAGGCCGCUGGACAUGAUGUUGUGCGGGUCAAUUACCUAGGAGACUGGGGCACUCAGUUCGGUGUUUUGUUAAGUGGAUAUGAGAGAUUCGGAGAUGAAAAGUCCUUGGAAGAAAAUGCAUUGGCUCACUUAAGUGAAGUGUACGUCCGAGCAAACCAAGAGAUUAAGAAUGACUCCACCAUGAUGACACAGGCAACUGAAAUUAACAGAUUACUGGAGGAAGGCAACAAAGAAUAUUUAAAACUGUGGGAGAAGUUCCGAAAUAUCAGCAUUUCAGAGUAUAAGAAACUUUAUAAGGUAUUAGGAGUGGAGUUUGAUGUCUAUGAAGGGGAGUCCAUGUAUUACAACAAGAGUCAAGAUGUCAUAGAUCGCUUAGCAGAGAAAGGGUGCAUUGAAAGAUCUGACACCACUGAGCAUGUCAUGGCGGUGUAUAAUUGUCCCAGGUCAGGGGUCAGGAGGGAAGUGGUUCUACAGAAGAAAGAUGGAACUUCUCUGUACAUUACAAGAGACCUUGCUGCUGCCUUAGAAAGGAAAAGAAAAUUUGGAAUUGAUGCUCUUCAGUAUAUUGUUGAUCAGAGACAAGUUGGACACUUUGAAAACCUCUUAAAUUUGUUACGCAUAUUGGAUCCUACUGAAUCUUGGAGCAAAGGAGUCCAGUUUUACCGGUCAUUUGGAGAAAUUGAGGGCCUCAGCUCCAGGGAGGGAAAGGUUUUAUUGCUGCGAGAUAUCAUUGAAGACUUGUCAGAAUCCAUGCUGGAAUCCAUGCAGAACCCAGACCACCAAUACUCCAGGGAAGAUUGUGACCCAGCAGAACUGAAACAACGAGCCAUUACUCUUGCUGUCAGUCAUCUGAUUUACACAGAUCUACGAUCCAAUCACAAUCGUCCUUACAAGUGGAAAUCAGAUGAACAAACCACAAAAAGCUGGAAGCUGAGGAAAGGAAAUGUUGUCCCUGUACAAUACUGCCAUGCCAGACUGUGCCAAUUGUUAGAAAACCCUCCCAUACCUCUGAAGCUAAAUCCAGAUGCCUGCGCAGAGGACCUGAGGUGUAAUGACGAGGUUUCUAUAGCAACACUUCCAUUACAGCUUGUUAUACAAAUGGCCAGGCUGGAAGAAGUCAUUCAUGAAGGUGUGAAUCACAGUCAGUCCUACUGCAUUCAUCACUACGUAGAACAGCUAGUAUCACUUAUAGGAAAGACUUAUGAAAACUAUAGAAUAAACGACAAGAGUAUCUCUAAGGAGCAGGAAGAGGUGCGAUAUCUUCUGUUUUUCUGUGCCAGGCAAACACUUUCCAAUGCUUUAAAACUUCUUGGAAUACCUCCAAUGGAUAAAGUCUGACAGGAACAGUCAAAUGUCAGUCAGAUCAGGAGAGAGAGAGAGAGAGAGAGAGAAAGAGAGAGUUUCAUGGAUAUUUUCAGCAUCAGUAAUAAUGUGGUCAAGCUGGUACUUUAAAAACUUCAGUAAUGUAUUGUCUGAACACGCCGGGAUUAUUUAUGACAAGCAUUACAUGUAAACUGCAAGAUCAGACCCAAGAUCAUGAUACAGGUCAAGACUUCAGUCAAAUUUCAGUUAUCCAUAAGAUGCUUAUUAACUCUGAAACUUGUACAUGGAUGUCACUUUGGUGAUAUAAUCUUUAAAAUGUUUUAUUUUGAUUUGUUUUACAAUUAUAGUGCAGUAUACAGAUUCUAACUUAAUUUUAAGAUGUUUCGUGAUAGCUAAGGUUUACAGUCGUACACUUUGAAACUAUGACCAAAAAAGCAUUGCAUAUAAUAAU